GUGGUGGUUUAUGACCUGUGGUUUAUCACUUAGAAUAAGAGUCAUGUGACUCCAUUAAAGGUUCCUUCUGUAGAAAUGAAAAAGGGUAAAUUAAUGUGGUUUUUUUAUUGUUAAAUAUUUGCACUCUCCUAAACCCAGCUUUUAUUUUCCCUGCUUAAGAAGUAUCAGAUAAGCACAAAUAAGUUUAAACGUUGAUUGAUGUGGAGGUGGGGAGAGAACUCCCUUUAUGUUAAAGGCUUCAGAAUGUUUCAGCCUCCCACAAACUAAUGUCUGUCAGCCGGGCUAGGCCCAGAGAGUAGGAAACCCACUCAGCAGAGUUACACCAGCAAGUCAGACUCCUCCUUGUCCCCAGCUGAUCAUCUACUUGACAGACUAUUUGUAUCUGCCAGCAGCAUCAAGUCUCUUGGCUGUUGUGGAGAAAGGGAUUCAAAGAGAACGGCCUUGGAAGGAACUUUGCAAGAUCUGGUCCAGCUUAGGAGAUACAAAGCUCUGACUGGCACCAAAGGCAGUCCAGCAGGAGAUGCUGCUCUGGGCAAGGUUUUAGCAAUCCAAGGCUGGCCUGGGAGCUGUUCCACGGCCAUCAUCUCCUACAGCACCUCCAGGUGGGACAGAGGAACUGUGACCUCAGAGUUUACACACAUCUAGUCUGGCCUCCUGCGUGACAUGGGCUAGGGAAUUUCACCCAGCGAUUCCUCGAUCAAGCUGAAUAACUCCUGGUUGAUCAGCAGCACGGGACCCUCGUGGCAGUAAGAAUUUUCACCCAGUUGUCUACAGACCCUCCUGCUGAUGGGAGAAGUCGGGCUCAGGUUGGCCACCCCUGCAGUAGGCCUACACUGGACAACAGAAACAAUGUCGAAGAAAGGAGGAUGACAGAAAUUGAAGGAGGCCAAAGAAAGAUGGCAAAGACAAGAUGUAGUGCUGAAAGGUUCUCCUUCUCUCCUAAUGUUUUUUUCUCCUACUAAGCCUGGUGGUGAGGAAGUCCAGGCGAAUACCAGCCCAAGUGAACCUGCUGCGUCAACACCUGAUGAAAAGGACCAGUCUCCUGUGUGACUUCUCUAGCUGCAGUUUCACCCCACUUCUCUGAAGAGUUUCCCAGUGAUAGUAAUACAAAAAUAUCCUUCUCUAACCAUCCAGGUGAGUGGGAAAUGACUUCUCAAGAUCUCAUUGCAUAUUGGACUGAGAAGCGUCCACAGAAAUAUCAGAAUCUAGAUGCUGACUUUUUAUUGACAAAGCGAGAGUACACCAAUCAGAAUCGUUAUCUGACCAAAUCAGUGUCUGAAUAUGUGAAGCCUAACAAACAGAUUGGCAGGUGAGAAUGGCUCAUCUAUUCUCCUUCUAAGAAGAAAGUGUACUGUUUUUAUUGCUGCCUGUUUUCUGAUACCAAAAAGUGGGGAAUGUUCUGCAAAGGCUUCAGUGAUUUGAAGAGUACUGCAUACAUUAUCAAUCAUGCAAUGAGUGAGCAGCAUACAUUGUCAGUUAGCAGCUACCAUGCCCAAAAGAAAGUUAAUGACAGAAUUAAUAUCCAAAUGGAAAACCAGUUUUUCGAAGUGCGUGCUUAUUGGAAGAACGUUCUCACAUGUGUAGUUGAAGCCAUAGUGUUUCUUGCUGAGCAUGGUCUUCCAUUCCGUGGCUCAGAUGAGACUGUUGGAUCGAAACACAAUGGCAAUUAUCUUGGCAUUCUAGAGCUAAUUGCUAAGUAUGAUCCUUUCUUAGCUCAGCACAUCAAUGAACACGCAAAUCAUGGAAAAGGCCAUACAUCAUAUCUAUCAAAGACUAUUUGUAAUGAAUUAAUUGCACUGCUGGCAAAAAACACACUAUCAGCCAUUGUAGAUGAAAUCAAAGAUGUGGGAUAUUUUUCCAUUGAUUCAACACUGGAUAUGUCACAUGUAGAUCAGCUGACUGUCAUCUUGCGUUAUGUGCUACCCAGCAGACCAGUUGAGCAUUUCAUGACCUUCUUAGACACCACCAGCCACACAGGGGAGAAACUUGCCUUGUACCUACUCGAUUUCCUGACCAAAAAUGAGAUUGACAUCAGCCUUUGUUGUGGCCAAAGCUAUGACCAUGCAAGUAAUAUGAGUGGCAGAUAUUCAGGGAUGCAGACAAAGAUAGAGGAGCGCAAUGCUUUGGUUGAUUGCAUACCAUGUGCUGCACACUCACUCAACCUUGUUGGCCAGUCUGCUGUGGAUUAUUGUGUUGAAGCAGUUUCUUUUUUUGGAUUUGUCCAAGAAUUGUACAUUUUUUUCUCUGCAUCAACCAGUCAUUGGAUGAUUCUUAGAGAUUCAUUACCAAAGGGAUGCCUAGUGCAAAACUGCUCUCAGGGACACAGUGAAGUGCCAACGCUGAAGCUGUGAAUACAGUUGUUCUGGGAUACCCCAACAUCCUUGAAGUGCUAGAGAGCAUCAAGGAAGAUGAAUCUCAAAAAUCAGCCACAAGAAAAGAUGUGAAGUUCCUGAGUGAUGCAAUAUGCACUUUGGAAACUAGUAUUUUGUGUGAAGUCUGGAAUGAUACACUUCAGCCAUUCAGCAGGUGCAGUCUAAGCUUGCCAAGUGCUCAAAUUGACCUUUCCACUGCUGUAAACCUAAUGAGAAGUCUUGAAAAUGUUCUUCAACAAAUGCGGGAUAGUUUUGAUGAGUAUAAAAUUCCGGGGGCUGCAAGGACUGCUAACCAUGAGUCUAAGUCAGCCAAAUGCCGCAAAAGACAGAAGACAUGUGAUGAUGUAACUGCCCACUCAUUCAGUGACAAGGAGGCCUUCAGAGUUAAUACCUUUAUCACAAUCAUUGACAAAAAGAAGAGUUCAUUAGAACAUCAAGGCUUACGAAAAUAUUGACAAAACCUUUAGAGUACUGACAAAUUUUUCACCUAACAUUUUAAGUUCCGAAGUCAGUGAAGGUAUCAAACGUCUGUGUCAGAAGUACCCAAACGAUCUCCCAGUAGAUUUAACUAACGAAUUUCUUCAAUGUGUUGAAUUCACAUCACUCUCAGAUAUAGAGAGAAAAGAUGACGAAAGCAAAUGUAUUUGGAUAUACUGAGUUAUCACUGAAUCCGAUGUGAUAGAAUGUUCCCAAAUGUUGAAACUGCAUUACGGCUGUAUUUGUCACUAAUGAUCACUAGCUGUAGUGGAGAACAUUCCUUCUCUCUUCUAACAAGGGUCAAAAAUGUCCUCCGAUCCACCAUGACUCAACAAAAGCAACAAGGCAUCCUUGUGGCACCUUAGAGACUAACCAAUUUAUUUGGGCAUAAGCUUUCGUGGGCUAAACCCCACU